AUGAAGUUUCCCGUCCGUGUCGAGACUAGAUGAAGUCGACAAAAAGACAACCACCAUGUCACUUUGCUCCGGACCCCAAACCCUUGUCAAGUUGCGGCCCCUCACCUCGGCGCUCAUCCACAUUCCACGGCCAGUGCGCCCAUCACGAUUUCAACGUGAUCCCUGUCAUCAACAGGGGAAAUUCAACCUGUUCCGUGGCGCAACUGCCAAAACGUGCUUCCUUCAUGGCCCUCUUUAAGUCUUCGGUACCUCUACGUAGUCAUGAUACAUCGGUACGCCUCAUAUUGCAGAUAUUGGAUGAAAGUGACAAGGCAGAAGGACCUGGUCAAGAAAAACAAUCAGGCAAACAGGGCCUGAGACAAUUCUGCUACCCAAACAAAUUGCUCGGCCGUGACCCAGCCAUUCGUACUAGUA